AUGGCAAAGAUUCUGGAACAGUUCUUCACUUCUGUAGGUCUUCUGGUGUUUAUACUCUACCUGGUGAAAUGUCUGAGGUUCUCCAUAUGUAUUUUCUUGCACUUCUGGAAAGUUCUGCGGAAGUCCUUCUUAAAGUCAAUGGGGCAGUGGGCAGUGAUCACUGGAGCAGGAGAUGGGAUUGGGAAAGCUUAUGCAUUUGAGUUAGCAAGACAAGGACUCAACGUGGUGCUUAUUAGCCGGACACUGGAAAAACUACAGGUUAUUGCUGGACAAAUUGAACGGACUACAGGGAGAAGUGUGAGGAUUAUACAGGCAGAUUUCACCAAAGAUGACAUCUAUGAGAAUAUUAAGGAAAAGCUUAAAGGCUUAGAAAUUGGAAUUUUAGUCAACAAUGUUGGAAUGCUUCCAAACCUUCUCCCAAGCUAUUUCCUGGAAACAUCUGGGGAAAUCCAGAGCCUCAUCCAUUGUAACAUCACCUCGGUUGUGAAGAUGACAGAGCUAAUUCUGAAAAACAUGGAAUCAAGGCAGAAAGGGCUCAUCCUGAACAUUUCUUCUGGGGUGGCCCUCUUUCCCUGGCCUCUGUAUUCCAUGUACUCGGCUUCCAAGGCUUUUGUGUGCACAUUUUCCAAGGCACUGCAGGUGGAAUAUAAAGCAAAAGGAAUCAUUGUUCAGGUGCUGACCCCAUAUGCCAUUUCAACACCCAUGACAAAGUAUCUAAGCACCAACAUAAUAACCAAGACAGCUGAUGAGUUUGUUAAAGAGUCACUGAACUAUGUAACAUUUGGAGAUGAAGCCUGUGGAUGCCUUGCUCAUGAAAUCUUGGCGAACUUUCUUACUAUGAUCCCAUCCUGCAUCUUCUACAGCAGCUCAUUCCAGAAGAUUCUCCUGACUCACUAUGUGAAUUACCUCAAGCAGAACAGCAACAUAAGCUAUCAUGGGUCAGAAUCAGUCAGCUCCACUUCCCCUUGUGACUAUUUCAGCAAUUUCAGAUUCAAGGGCAGCAACCUCUCCGUAGAGGUGAAGAAAGGUAAACUGAUAACUCUGUGUUCUGCAGAAUGGCCAGUCUUCAAUGUUAGCUGGCUAGCAGAAGGUACUUUUGAUGUGGGGACCAUUCUGAAAAGUAAAAGAAAUUGGAAUUCUAAAGAUAAAGUUUCUAAUGUAAAGUAA